CAAAGGUGAAAGACUAGUGCUAGUGUAUUAAUGAUAAUUCGGGGAAAACACAUAGUAAUUAGCCCUUUCGAAUGUGUACAUAUAACCAACAAGCCUAAAAUAAUGUCUAAUUCUUUUGUAUAACGGUUUAAUAAGGUGUGAACAGAAGUGAACUGAGUGUUGUUUAUAAAACAUGCAUGUUAUUGAACAAGCAGUGGCAUUCAUUUCGAGAACGGUGUAUUUUCUCUUAGUUUUCAUUUUGGAUGAAAAUGCCUGGCAUGAAGUUUGUUUGUCUCCUCGCGGCCGCGGAACUGCUAUGGUCACCUGUUUCCUCCAGUAUCUCGGUGCUAAGACUGAGUAACAGCACUGAUUACUGUACACUGGCGAACUCACACCUAAGCUGUGAUUUUACUGGUGUUGAUGAGCCAGUGUACGCUGAGGAAGGCCACUUGGAAAACAUCGAUUCUGUUGAAUGUCGAGGACCACUUGUUCUCCAUUUGCCUGAAAAUGCUUGCAUUAAGAAUAUGACAAUUCAACAUACAAAGAAAGUAGUGGUAACAGGGAGAAGCUGGAAGACAAGUUGCAAUGAAUAUCACUUGUUUGUUAAUAAUACCACCAUGACUGCCAUCCCUCUUACCACAACGCACCUCCAUGCUGUGGGGUCAACCUAUUAUAAAAUGACACUGCAUCCCAAAGUGAAACACGUUUCCGUCGUCAGCUCGCGGGUUUCACUCUUGGCCAUUGACCAGUUUCUAAAUGACUCUGUUGUGGUGAAUAUAACAAACACCACAGUACAUUACAUGAACCGCCUAUCAGCAUCUAAGAACGCAAAAAUACAGUUUUUGACAAGUGACAUUGCAUACAUGCGACUAGACAAGACUGCACUUCAGGAUAACGCUGCUCUCGUCAUGGUCAACAGUAGAAUCAGAACAGGAGACAAUCAGGAAUUACUGGUUCCCCCGGGAGUCAGUGUAACACUGGAUAGGCUAGAUAGCAAACUUGAAAUAAGGGCUAUUGGCAUAAUUUCAGGAUCAGAAACAUCGCAGUCACCCGAAUCGUGCAAUGUGAUAAACAUAAAGGCAUCUACUACGCAUUAUUUUGUACAUUUUGUAUUUUUCUGCACGUCUACAGUUUUUCUAAUACUUGUUGUGUUGUUUAUGCGUAUUAGAAUUAUGACUACUUGCCUCCUGAAACGUUCGCAAAUACCCGACAGUGUAGGUCACGAAAGCCAAAUUAGACAAAACGGAAACACUCUAAGCGAGAUAUCUCUGAAUGAGCUUUUUCAAAGUUCUGGAAACUUCUUGAACGAAUCCUUUCUGCAUGACCAUGGAAAAACUACAGAAGCUGAAGAAAAGAAAGAACUCGAAGCCCCUACUGAGUCUGCAUGUUCAACGCUUCUGCAAGCCUCGAAGAGAUACGUGGACGUUUAGGGAAAUCUGGAUAGCAGGAAAGUACAAAUACAAAACGACCUGCUCUGCAAGAUUAAGCUUGGAUUUGGUAUUUUUGAAGGUGAUGCAUACAUAUAUCAACCACUGUACUAUAGUGUGAUCUCGUGAAUGUAUUGGGAUUGUAUUCCUUGCGUGAUUUUGUUUGGCAUUUGUCCCUAAUCUUUAUCUGGUUUUCAUACAGGAUCUUUGCCCAUAGAUCACCGUCAAGCAUAACUAAUGACUAUAGUGGCUGUCUACAUUAGAUUAAUAAUAAUAAUAAUAAAAUAAAAAAACCUAGCAAAUCCUGUAAUUUUAUUGUUUCUAUUUAUUUUUUAUUUUGUUAAGUAUUAAUAAA